CCAGGGCUGCAGCAGCCCCUCAGCCCCAUUUCCCUGGUCGUGUUUCAGGGGCUCACACGCUGCAGCGCAUGUACGGCUGUGACAUCCUGGAGGACGGCAGCACCAGGGGGUAUCGGCAGGACGCCUAUGAUGGGAGGGAUUUCAUCGCCUUCGACUUGGACACAAAGACAUUCACUGCAGCAGACGCAGCAGCAGAAAUCACCAAGAGGAAGUGGGAGAAGGACGGGAGUGAAGCUGAGCACUGGAAGCACUACCUGCAGAACACCUGCAUCGAGUGGCUGAGGAAAUACGUGAGCUACGGGCGGGCCGUGCUGGAGAGGAAAGAGCCCCCCAUGGUCCGAGUGUCAGGGAAGGAGGCCCACGGGAUCCUGACCUUGUACUGCCGCGCUUACGGCUUCUACCCGCGGCCCAUCACCGUUAGCUGGCUGAAGGACGGCGAGGUCAGGGACCAGGAGACCGAGCGGGGCAGCAUCGCGCCCAACAGCGAUGGCACCUACUACACCUGGGCCUCCAUCGAGGCCCUUCCAGAGGAGAAGGACAAGUACCGGUGCCGCGUGGAGCACGCCAGCCUGCCCGAGCCCGGCCUCUUCAUGUGGGAGAUGGAGUCCAACCUGCUCACCAUCAUCCUGGCGGUGGCCUUUGCCAUCCUGCUUGUCAUUGCCAUCAUCGCUGGAUUCAUAUUAUGGAAGUACAAAUCAGGGAGGAAGAAGAAGGGUUAUAACCCACCAUCAGGUGAGUACCGGCAGCAGGUCCGGAUCCAGCUGCUGCCCAGUGUCUGGGGUGUUCUUGCAGUUCGGGUUUCUGGCUUCUGCUGGCAUUUCCCGAUCCCCUGUCCUCCCAGUGCUGCCCCUCUUUAAAUCCCUGUAGCGGGGACGUAUGGAAGAGAUUGUGUCUCCUCUCUGGUGCUCACGGCUCCAUCCUGCUCUAUCAGUGGCUUCAGCGUGGCCGUGGCUCCCGGGCCGGCUCCUGGCACGUGCACCGUGCCCGUAGCGAGCACGGGGCUGGCAGCUCACGGCUGUUUCUCCCUCACAGGCACGGAUGGCGGGGCUGACAGCUCCACCAAAGGGCUCACCAUCUAACUGCUCCACGAGGGGCCAGCACGUGGUUGGAUUCGGCCCCCUGCUCUAUUGCCGGCUGGACGCAGAGAGGUGCUGGAGGAGGCUGAGAGCUGCCUGCAGAGAGAGCUUGUCACGCUGCGCUUGCCCACCCCUGGCUGUGGUGGUGGCUCUUCUGGGUGGGUGAACAUCCUAUUUUCUGAUACUUGGAGAGCUGCAAUUAUUACCAAUGUUCUUUAAUUUUGAGGUUGCAGCUGAUUUCUUCCACGUGUGUACAUUUCUUGGCGUGCGCAAUAAAUGAUGGUCCCCAUCCUGUGUCAGGCUGUGUCUCCUCA